GUUAUUCUCGAUGGUAGAUUUGGAGGAGAGAAAAGCGAGACGAGUAUCAUCGGGGAUAAAAGUGCAGUGAGCCGACUUUCGUGUGCGGAUGUGCGCGGUCGAUCGGGAUGCCUUGUCAGUGUGUGCGUGUGUGUGAAUGAGUGCGAAGGUAACUUGACAUCGCUGCUUGCCUCUGGAGCCCAGACAAGUGGCCACGAUGCCGCAUGUGAGUGGCGGAGAUCUCGGCGCCAAUGAUGAAGUCAAGGUCUUCAAGGAAGAAGGUGAAGAGGAGAAUGAGAAGCGGUCGUCGGAGAACCUCGCCGAGGACAAAAACUGUCUCAUGGUCAUAGCCGAAAGCGAAGGCCGUGAUGAGUACCGCGUCCCGGGCGUUUGUCCUCGUGACAUCUACUUCGAUGAGAUCUUCGUACUGGGGAAAGUGUUAUUUUGA